AUGCGCACUAACACCUCGCCUGUCACCGUUGUCAUAGUGACUGCUUUUGCCGGUGCUUGCGUUUCGUCGUCGUCGUCGCCCCCGUCGCCCACCCUGUCCGCCGACGAGAAAACCCCCGCGGUUGCCACUGGUACCGGGUGUGACGGAGGCUGUAGUCAGACAGAGAGAUUCAAAAUUCAUGAUGAAUCUUCGAGGUCAUCUGAUUCUAGCAGUUCGGGCGAUACCGUGUCGAAAUCGUAUGAUGAUAUAUCCGAACAUGACGAAAAUUCUAGGCCUAACGAUGACACUGGGCCACCUGUAGAAGAGCAUACACUUCCGGCGAGCACAUCUAUAGGCGCUAGUCGUUGGCGGAGAGCGGGCAGCGGAAAGGGACCAACAAACCUCAAGAAGAGUACCGGAAGCCACUCAGGAGCUAGAACCCGGGUCGAGUUUAGGGCCAAGGGCGAGCUUUCGGAGAAGGUACAACUAACUAAAGUUCUUCAGGAAUUGCAGCACAUGAUGGUGGCCGUCUUCAGUUAGUUUUCCCACAAAAUUGCUUACAAAUAAUAUG